UUUUUCAACACCAUUUUUUCCGCACUUUAAAUUCCAGACAUUGCGCAAUUGUGUUCCUAGACUUUCAUCAUCGAUUGGAAUUAGGAAAAGGUGGUAAUCGGUUCGAUAUGGUUAAAUGAUCGGAUCGGAGGUUGUUGAUUGAUUUUAAGCAGGUUUUCAAUCGUGUUUUUUUGAUCGAUCAAUGAGGAUCUCCGAUGGAAAGCGGAGGAUAAUUGAGGUAGACGAUAAGAGUAGGAGAAUUAGGAAGAAGAGACACUGCUGCGAAACCAGCAUGACGAUGAUACGGCCUCCUCCGGUUACGUUUCCGUUGCAGAGGCUAUAUAUGUCUUGUCUAGAUGUUUUUAAAGGCGUUGAUUCUGUUCCUUCGACUUCCGACGACCAGAAGCUUCGCCAUAUUCUCGAUGGUCUGAUGCCAGAAGAUUUGGGACUACCAAGAAGUCUGCAAUUCCUUGAACCCGAUAGUACCGUAGUCGUAUACACCACCGUAUAUGAGAGCCAGAACUUCUCGUUAUAUGUUUUCUUUCUGCCGGAAAAUGGUGUGAUUCCUCUCCAUAACCAUCCAGGAAUGACUGUUUACAGCAAGCUUUUGCUGGGCAAAGUGCACAUUAAAGCCUAUGAUUUGGUUAAUCCUGAUAUCGCCUAUAACAAUCCAUCCUCAUUUCAUCCGAAAUUGGCAUGCUUGAAAACCGACACUGUGUUUACAGCCCCCUGCGACACUUCUGUAUUAUAUCCAACGUCUGGAGGUAACAUACACGCCUUUACUGCGAUCACACCUUGUGCGAUUCUUGAUGUGGUCGGCCCACCCUACUCUAAAAGAGACGGUCGAGAUUGCUCAUACUACAAAGAUAUCCCGUAUGCUGUAUCACCGGACGAACAAAUGACAAUGCCCGAAGAAGAUGGCAAGUGUUACCGAUGGUUAGAGGAGAUCGAGAUGCCAAAAGAAUCGAAGAUGGAUAGAAUCGAGUAUCUUGGUCCUCAGAUCAUUGAGGUUAGUCCAUAGGUGGUUCUCGCUUUUCGUUCGAGGGGUGUUAUUUUCUUGUUUCCUUACCGUUCAUGUACUUAUGGAGAUUGACCGUAUAUGAAUAUAUAGUGAUCUCAUAUCGCAUUGUUUGUGUU